AUGGAGCCGGGUCAGACAACGCGCCUUGUGUCGGCGGGAACCUCUGCGGCCAUCGCCAUUACCUUGUUUAACCCGACGGAGGUCAUCAAGACACAGAUGCAGAGCAGCUCCGCCAGCUUGACCAUGCGGGAGGUCGCAUCCAAAGUCUGGAAGAAAGAUGGCGCCAGAGGGUUCUGGGCUGGAGUUCGUCCCAACGUGGUAAGGACGUUUCUGGUCAAUGGUGCCGAAAUAGGCACCUAUGAUGAGUCCAAACUGGUGCUCAUUGAGUCUGCCGGAGAUGGGCUUGCCUGGUACCCAGCGACACGGGGUGACACCCAGCAAGGCGUUGUGAACUGUAAGCUUAGCAGCCCUGAGCCCACCUGA